AUUAAAUUAAAAUUAGAUCAUUAUAAUUGAAAUGAUUGCCACAGAUCAUCAUCAUCAUUGUCAUCAACCGCAACAACAACAACAACAAUUGUCACAACAUACAACGGCAUCUACUACCUUAUUAUUACCAUCAUCAUCGACUUUAUCGACGUCUUUGACCGAAUCACAAAUAUUCAUCAAUAAUAAUAAUCAUCUUUAUCAUCAUCAUCAACAACAACUACAACUACAACGCUCAUAUCCCAAUAUGGAUAACGAACAUCAAGGCAUUACUAAACGAACUGUGAUCAUUCAUAAAGAUCCUCGUGGUUAUGGUAUGCGCAUUUCGGGCGAUAAUCCUGUUUUCAUUCAACAUGUUAAUGAAGAAGGGGCUGCUUAUAAAGCCGGUGUGCGAUCAGGUGAUCAGAUUGUUAAAGUUAAUGGCACAUUGGUAACCCGAAUGGGUCAUGCUAAAGUUGUAGAAAUGAUACAAUCAUGUGGUGCAUUCGUCGGUCUAACAUUACAUACGACUUCGACAAAUUCUUUGACUGCAUCAUCUAUUUCAUCAAAUUCCGAUACAUCUUCGAUGAAUAAUACAAAUAAUAAUAAUGGAAUGACAAAUGCUACCAUUACUUCACAAUCAUCAACAUCGUCGGAUAUAACUUUACGUCAUUUAUCGCCAACUAAUUCACCAACACCUCCAAACAACAACAAUAAUAAUCAAUCUUCUGGCAUUAAUAAUUCAGCAUCGAUGUCAUCUUCAUUUGGCCCAAAUCAUUAUUCAUCAAUGUAUCCGAUGAAUAUGGUUGUAUUAACUAGUAAUAAUCCAAUACAAAUAACUGGGCCGCAACCCGUGCCGGAAUCAACCCAGCAACAUUAUCAUGAAAAUCAGAUUCGAACCUUGAAAGAAAUGAUUAAUAAAGAGCAUAGACAUUUAGAAGAAUUAAAAUUAAUGUGUGCAAAACAAUCAGAUUUGGAUAGCUGCCAGAAACGUAUCAAUGAAAUGACAUCUAAAUUGGAGAUGCAUCAAUCAAAUAUAGCGGCACAUAUUAACAAUAUUAAUCAUAGUCGACAACAUAGUUUUGAAAAUUCUUCCACAUCCGUACAGGAUUUUUCCACACCAAUCAUCAAUCAACAUCAACGUUCAAAUUCAUCAUCCGAUCAUUCAAUAAUUGGUUCGAAUUCUAAAUCACCACGCAUUAUGCCGAUGGAUGACGAUGUAGAUAUUGAUGCCGAGAAUUCCGGUAUCUAUCCAUAUGAAUAUAUUGAAAAUAUUGAUCGCCAAUUACAACAACCAGAUCAACAUCUAACAUCUGCAACUAAAUCUUCGAUUGGUAUUGCUAAAUCCGUAUCGAAUCCUUCGGUUCUAUUAAGACCGAAUAGUGGUAAUAGAGAUAAAGUAAAACGUGACUCAAAAAUUAUGCCCAUAUUAGAAACACCCUCACCAUCAUCACCGUUACCAUCCAGUGUUGUUGGUAACGUAUCAAUAUUGAAUCCAAAAUCCUGGUACAAUAUUCAUCUGGAUUCAUUACGUAUGAGUCGAUAUUUGAUUCAGCAUAAAAUGCAACCACCCAAUGAAUUAUUAUUCUAUGUGAUGGCAAGAAAUGUAUUUCCAAGGAUUGUUACAUCAACUGCUAUUCCAGUUGGAAAUAAAUUUCAAGUGAUACAACGAUGGGCCUAUCAAAUUAUAGCUACAUUUGUUACGAAAGAAUCACCAUUGUUUAUGCAAGAAUUUCCACCAGAUUAUCUUGAGCAAUUUGAUCGUAAUUUAACAGCAUUAAUAUCUGCAAACCCAUCAGCCACAGAUAUUAUUGCUAGCCCAUUUGAUCCAUUUUUAAUGACCAUAUAUGAAACAUUACGAAAACAAUGGGAAGAAUUUAUGUUGGCAACAUCAUCAAUGUCUCAGAUGAUGAUCAAUUCGAAUCCUAAACAUGAUCUACAAGCCAUCAUUGAAAUGUUAUUUACCACACAUACAAAUAUUUGUAUGGCAUCACAACAACAACCUGCACCGACAAUGACAACCAAUUCCAAUAUGAAAAUUGAUCUUCGCGACAUUGAUCCAAUAUUAGAUUCAUUUGUUGCAUUAGUAAAAUCACAUCAAUCUGAAUCGACAAUGGCAUUGAUUAGUUCACUAUUGGCUAUUGGUCGUUAUAUAUUCCAAAUGACAACAUCUAAACAUUGUCUUUUACUUGAAUGUUCGGGUCCUGGAUCAUCAUCAUCAUUAUCGUCAACAUUAUUGAAUAGCAAUUCAAAUACAAAUUUCAAUUCGACUCAAGUACCAACAUUAAAUCCAUUGCUAAAAUUAUCAUCAGAAUCAUCACGUUCAUCAAAAUCUGGUCAUAAACGUAAUUCAAUGAUACCGAUCGGUUCGAAAUCAUUCACAUCGGCAACACAUUCAUUGGGUAAUUCAUUUGAUUCUUCAUUGCUUGCAUCAUUGACGAAUGGUAAAUUGAAUAAAAAUAUGGAUUCACAAUUACAAUCAAAUGUUGGCGGAUCUGGUAUUGGCACUGGUAGUAGUAGUAAUAUUGUCGGAAAUAUUGCAUCAUCAAAUUUAUUAAACAGUGGAUUUACAAUCGAAGAUCGAUCACAUUCAUUCGUAUCGAUAGUGGAAAUGAAUCAAAUAAUUUAUUGUACCAGUUGUAUGUUGCCUAUGUGGGGUGAUCCAUAUACAUGGAAAUGUACAAAAUGUUUGAUGUAUGCCCAUCAAUGGUGUAGAAAAAUUGCUGCAGCCAAUAAUAUUUGUAAUAAUGAUACUCAUCAUCAUCAACAUCAACAACAGAAUUCUUUUUCAUCGCAGACAUCUCAAACGGGUGGUAAUAAUAAGAAUAAUCGUCGUAUAAAAUCGGAAAAGAAAUCUGUAUUUGAAAAAUUUUCCGUUGGAAAACGACGUCGUAAUCAUCCUAGUGAUUUUAAUAUUGGCACUUCAUUAGCCCGAACACAAUCAUCGUGUUCAUCAUCAUCAUCAACAUCAUCGAUUUCAUCGGAAAAUUCUAGUUCUGAUCUUGAGGAUUUUAUUCUUUCAAAUCCUACUACAACAACUAAUAACAAUUACAAAAACAUAACCGAUGAAGUUGGCUCUAUGAUUUCAAACAAAAGUGUCAAUCAAGAAAGUACAAAUAAUACUAUGUCAUCUACAUCGACCGCGCCAAAUCUAGUGAAUCGUUCCGGUUCGUUUGUUCAACGAAAAAAGAAAAAAUCUUCUACAUCAGUCGGAUCACCACGAAAACGUUCCGAUCCGGCAUUGACUUCCAGACAAAUGAUUUCAACAAUGGCUAACAAAAUAAUGAUGAAUAUGAUGAUCGAUGAUGUGGGGACCAAUAACAUUGCUUCAACAAGUGGAACAUUACCUCAAUUGACUAGUGCCAGAUCAAGUGGUGCAUUGAUGAAUUCGGCUUCUGUUGGUGCACAUGAUUCUGUUCAAUUCCGACCGAUUACUGGUCAACGAGCAAAACACAUGGCAGCAUCGGAUUCAUCUUUGAUGUCAGUCACAUCAAAAUCAUUGAAAUCACCUCAACCAAUUCCUAGUAGUAGUAGCGGUAUACCGAAUUCUACGAACACUGAAAGCCAAAAAUCUUCAUCUACAAAUCUAACAUCCACUUCUUCACCACGACGUACUCGACAUCGGAAUACAAAUGAUUCGGCAAUUCAGAUGGAUGGUAGUUCUGAAGACGAUAUCGAUGAUCAACAAUUGAAUGAAAAUGAAACUCCAGCAACAACUCUAUCAAAUGAAAUUGAUGGUGAAAAAACAAUUCCAUCACCAAUACCACCACCUCCUCUUCCGCCUCCUUUAACAUCAUUGGUACCACCACCCUUACCUCCUAGACCCGAUUCACAAACCGAAAAACGUCGACAAAUUCAAAUGGAAAUCAUUCAAACCGAAGAAGAACAUUAUGAAGUUUUACGACAUAUACGAAAAAUCUAUCAAAAACCAUUGAAAAAAGAAAAAUUAUUCAGUUCCGAGCAAAUCGAUAUCAUUUUCGGUAACAUUAAAGAAUUACGUUUAAUACAUAAGAAAAUUUUCGUCAAAAUGAGUCUUGCCCACAAGCUACAGAUGCAAUCGAAAAGUUCGGAUUCGUAUCAUCUAGAGGAAUCAUUACAUGAUAUAUUCUGUGGUGAGCUUGGUACACAACUUGAACAGGAAGCAAGCAAAUUUUGUGUUAAUCGCAAAAUUCGCAAUGGUACUGAACUUUGGAAUCAGCGGAAAAAAGAUUCUCGUUUACGUCAAUGGGUGGAUUCUGAAUGUCGUACUCGUGCUAUACCGGAUAAUCCAUUGGCUCGUUUAGGUCUUGACGAUCUGUUAAGCCGUGUUUUUCAACGUCCACUUCGGUAUCCAUUAUUGUUUGAACGAUUGCUGAAAUCUACACCAAAAGAUUCGCCUGGUCAUCGCUAUUUGGAACAAGUUAUGAUCUGUAUACGUCGUUCGAAUGAACGGAUAAAUGAAGAGACAAAAAAAGCUGAACUACGUUCUCGACUUGUUGAACUGAUACGUAAAACUGAUUUUUCCAAUUCAUCUGUUCCGGUUAAUCUUGAACACCAUGAAUUAUUACAUGAAGGGCCACUUGUGUGGAGAAUCACUAAACAAAAACUAGUCGAUGUUUUACUGGUACUUACUGAUCAGAUCAUUCUGGUAUUAACACGUGAUUCAAAUGACCGAUAUGUACUACGAACACACACCAAUCCGACGACUAAACAUGAACAUCGUCCUCAUGUAAAAAUGGAUGAUCUAUUGAUGCGUGAUGUUGCUACUGAUCAAUCGGCAUUCUUUUUAGUAUCAAAAAAUCAAGAUAUUAUCUAUGAAUUUGCCGCACAAACAACUAGUGAACGUAAAAAAUGGAAGGAAGUAAUAACCGAUGCUAUUAAUAAAUAUCGCGAUAAUCGUUCGAUACCUCAUCAAUUACAAUCACAACGAUCAUUUACAUCAUCACGAUCGAUGACAAUGAUGGAUCUGAAAUCGACGACAAAUGAUUUGAUAGCUAGCAAUCAUCCCCAUAAUAAUAAUAAUCCUCAUCAUCAUCAUCAACCACCUCCAUUACCACCACCGAUUCAGAAUCGACCAUUACCUAAACCUCCAAUCGAUAGUCAGCAGUCCUCAUCAUCAUCGCCGCCACCAAUUCCUCCGCCAUCAGCACUAUCAUUCGCUAAUAGGCCAUUACCACAACCACCUAGUGAUUCUACGCAGCCACCACCUUUACCUUCGACACCAUAUCCAACAAGAGUGGAUGGAAAUGUACAAGUGGUCACUGCCAAUGAACGACAUCCAUCAAAUGUAGAUUUUAUACCAUUUUCUCAGGUUAAAAUCACUUCCGAACAAAAUCGAUCCGGAAAAUUGAAUCGAAAUAAAACGGAUGAUCUUCAAGAGAUCAGUGAUAAUUUACAAAAUAUGAUUCAAGAACGUCGUCGUUCUGGUAUCCGCAAUUACGAAGAUUUAGCUCGAGAAAUUCAUGAAAUGUCAUUGGUUUAUGAUGUUGCUAAACAUGAUGAUUCGAAAGAGAUUUUAAUUCGUCUCAUAACCGAUAUGUUUCGAAAAGCAACUGAAUGGAGCUAUCAUCUUAUUCAAGAUAAUGAUCCGGCUAAACAAGAACUUUCACAACGUGUCCGUAAUUCUGUCGAAUCUUUUGUCAAAUCACAUAUCGAUUCGAAUUUUAUUUUACCAUUACCAAGCGAUGAUAUUGAUUCAAAUGUUGAAUGUACGGAAACCUUAUUUGAUAAUUGCGGUCAACCUUCAACAUCGACAAAUGAUGACAAUAAUGUUGUCUCUAGCACACCAUCAUCAUCUAUUGUAGAAUCAGUAAUCACACCGAUGAUGGCUAAUGUACGGCUUUCAGCGUCGGCACCAACAGCCCCUAGACCCCAGCAAAUUCAAAAUCGAAUUCGACGAUCACUCAGUGAUAAUUAUGAAAAGUCCGAUAAAACACAGAAAACUGGACUUGAACUAACCAUUCAUGAUGAUGAUCAAGAUUCGAAUUUGACUGUCGAUGAAAGUAAUGAUAAUAAUUAUGAUAUUGUUACUGAAGAAAAUUUUCUUUACAAUUCAACAACUCAACAACCGGAUUCAAACAACUUCCUUGAAGAAGUCAUAAACGAUUCACCAGGUUUCCAUUCAUUCGAUAAUACACAAGCUGAUGAAUUGAAGAGCCGAAAUAAUUCCUCUGCAAAUGAAUCAACACUAAUAUUAUCACCAAUUCCAUUAGCAUCAUCAUCAUCCAAUCCAUUCAUUUCAUCCAAAAUAGAAGAUUCGAAUAUUGAUAAUAUGACUCCAGCAACAAAUAUAGAAAUUAAAUCAUUAGGAGUUACGGAAGAAUUUGUUGUCGUUCUUGAUGAUGGUGACAUAAUUGUUGGCAACGAAGAAAGUGAUCAUCAAUUGCAGGAUAUUGAGCAACAACAAACAGCAAAUAGUGAUGACAACGAAGUGAUAUCGAAUGAUAAUAUUGCCGAUAAUUCAUCAAUAUCUAAUAUCGAUGAACAAACUUAUCAAACAAACAAUAACACUAACAAAACAACAACAAGUCAAAUGUAUCUAAUCUGAUGAUCAAUAAUUGAUAAUAAUUUUGAUCUUAUUAACUAUCUUUGAAUUCAAAGUAUUGUUAUUACUUUUGAUCCUUAUCCUCUUUCUAUCUAUUAGAUUUAUUAUUCUUGUUUCUGUUUCUUCUUUUCAUAUCAACAAAUUCAUUGUAAUGAA